AUGGCAAUCAUCACAAUUCCGAAGGGCUGGCGAGAACUCGCACAAGUCUGUAUCGACAUCCAGCAAAAGUCGGUUCCCAAGGAAUAUCUACUUUCCAGCGACCAGCUUCCCCCGAAGGAUCGUCAAACUGUACUUAGUGUUCCAAGCGAGUCUGGGAUCUUGACUGCAGAGGAGAUUCGGAUGACAGAGCAGGAUGCCUCAAGCUUGCUAGAAAAAUACAAGAGCGGCCAGUGGACUGUGAAACAAGUUGUCACGGCUUUUCUGAAGAAGGCGACGAUAAUUCAUCAACUGACCAACUUUGCUACCGAGAUUCUAGCAGAAGAUGCUUUGAAGAAGGCCGACGAGCUUGAUGCGCACUUUCAAAAGACAGGCCAGCUGGUCGGCCCUCUUCAUGGCAUCCCAGUAUCAGUUAAGGAACACAUCGGCAUGGGUGGCCACAUCACUCAUGCGGGAUUUGUGUCAAAGAUCACAAACAUCCCGCUCGAAGACGCUCUAUCUAUUCAGAUCUUGAAGAAGGCAGGAGCAGUUAUCCAUGUUAGAACAAAUCAACCUCAAAGUCUCAUGCAUUUGGACUGUAAUAACAACAUCACCGGUUUGACUUUGAAUCCUCACAACCUUCUAUGCUCGCCCGGAGGAUCUUCCGGUGGUGAAGGAGUCUCAGUCGGCGCGAAAUGCUCAGUGAUUGGCGUGGGCACAGACAUUGGUGGCAGUAUCCGUAUUCCCGCCGCUUUCAACGGUUGCUACGGACUUCGCCCGACGGCCUUGCGCGUUCCAAAUCUUGGAAACUUUGGUAUAACAUCUGGUCAAGAGAGUAUCCGCGGCGUUGUUGGACCGUUGGGCCAGAGUGUUGAGGAUCUGGAUCUGUUUAUGAGUGCUGUUCUUGCAGCUGAACCAUGGGACACUGAGACCAUGUUGGUCCCAGUUCCAUGGAGACCUGUUAGUCUCAAGAAAGAGAUCACGGUGGGAAUCAUGUUUGACGAUGGUUUCGUUAAGCCGCAUCCUCCUGUCUUGCGGGCUCUACAUUCGGCUGCGGACAAAUUGAAACAAGCUGGGGUCAAAGUGGUAGACUGGAAACCCUACGACCACCAGCGCGGCUGGGAAAUAGUAUCCGCUUUGUACUUUCCCCAAGGGCCGAAGCCAUAUCUUGAUACUUUCGCCGAAAGUGGCGAGCCAGUCCUCCCACUGACUGAUCAUGCUUUCAAGUUCUCCAAAGCUGAGCCACUCACAGUCGCAGAGAAUUGGGACCUGAAUUACAGGAGAGAAGCAUAUAGACGAGACUACCAUGCUCUCAUGAAACACAAAGGCGUAGAUGUCAUCCUCUGUCCUGCGUACGUUGGCGCGGGUGUGUUACAGGGUGGUGCCGAGUACUGGAAUUACACAGCUAUCUGGAACGUGCUCGAUCAACCUGCAGCUAUUUUGCCGAGCGGACUGAAGGUUGACAAGGCCAUUGACAAGCCCGAAGAGGGCUACACACCUCGAAACGAUUAUGACUCCAAAGAAUGGAAAGCCUAUGACGCCGACCUUUUCCAUGACAUGCCUAUCUGUUUACAGCUUGUUGGGAAACACUUUCAAGAUGAAGAAGUUCUACAGGCAACUAAGCUGGUUGACCGCAUCCUCAGGGAAUAG